AUGACUUCGGAUGGCUCCCCUAAGCCCCGUGCCAGACCUUUGGGCUGUGAGUUGACUUCAACCGGCCACGCAGACACGACUUGCUUCCCCAGCGCCUGCGCUACCUCCAGAUGUCAGACACCGCGCUUGCCACCCACGUCUCACCUGCCGACAGGCUGCCUUGCACCGUGCUGCUUCGUGGGCAGUUGUUCCAGCCCGUGCCUGGCGGGGAGCUGUGCUUGGUGUGAGGAAGGGGCGUUCAACAGCAAUGAGAAGGAGACCAUGCAGUUCCUGAAUAACAGACUCGCCAACUACCUGGAGAGGGUGCGCAGCCUGGAGGAGGCCAACGCGGAGCUGGAAUGCAGGAUCCGGGCACAGUGUGAGCCCGAUGCCACAGUGCUGUGCCCCGAUUACCAGUGUUACUUCGACGCCAUUGAAGAGCUCCAACAAAAGAUCUUGUGUACGAAGGCAGAGAACUCCAGACUCGCUGUACAGUUGGACAACUGCAAACUGGCUGCCGAUGAUUUUAGGUCAAAGUAUGAAAGUGAACUGUCCCUUCACCAGCUGGUGGAGACUGACAUCAGUGGCCUUCGUGGGAUCCUGGAUGAGCUGACAGUAUGCAAAUCAGAUCUAGAGGCCCACGUGGAGUCUCUGAAGGAUGAUCUCCUUUGCCUCAAGAAGAGCCAUGAAGAGGAGGUCAACCUGCUUCGCGAGCAGCUUGGAGACCGGCUCAGCGUGGAGCUGGACACUGCCCCAACCACGGACCUCAACAAGGUCCUGGAUGAGAUGCGAUGCCAGUAUGAGACAGUGCUGGCCAACAACCGCAGGGAGGCCGAGGAGUGGUUCGCCGCUCAGACGGAAGAGUUGAACCAGCAGCAGCUGUCCAGUGCAGAGCAGCUGCAGGGCUGCCAGACGGAGAUGAUGGAGCUGAAGCGUAAGGCCAACGCCCUGGAAAUCGAGCUGCAGGCUCAGCAAAACCUGACAGAAUCUCUGGAAUGCACCGUGGCAGAGACCGAGGCCCAGUACAGCACACAGCUGGCCCAGAUGCAGUGCCUGAUCGACGGCGUAGAGAACCAGCUGGCGGAGAUCCGCUGUGACCUGGAGCGGCAGAACCAGGAGUAUGAGGUGCUGCUGGACACCAAGGCCCGGCUGGAGUCGGAGAUCAACACAUACCGGGGCCUGCUGGAGAGCGAGGACAGCAGGCUCGCCUGUAACCCGUGCUCCGCGACAGCCACGUCAAGCAGCGCCUGUCAGCCAUGUUCGGCCUUCGUAAUUUGCACAGUUGGAAACUACUGUGCCUGA